AGGUUUUAGACCUCUUAGUUUCAUUGAUUCAGGUGUGCCGGGACAAUGAAGUUUCUUGCUAACGGGAUUCUGCUGCUGUUGUGCGCAAUGCGCCUUGACGCCCGCAGCGUGAACCUUCCAAAGCUGACCGAUUCCAGCAUAGCGUGUCGGUCCAAGUUCCUGCCCGAAGUCGUGGACAGUGAUCCGACGUACAUUUUGAGCCCCAACUACGACGGGAUCUCCCAGUAUCCACCCAACACAUUCUGCGCCUGGAAGUUGCAGGUCCCACCUGGGAAGGCAAUCCAUCUGGCGUUUGAAGAGUUCUCACUGCGCGACUCGUUCAACUGUAGCCUGGACUACCUGGCCGUCUACGCCGGCGAAGACCUGCCGCGGCUCGCGGGCGACGAGCCUCCUCCCUUGGUCAAGUGGUGCGGACCGUGGUCUCCCGGAGAGUACGUUGUGUCCGCCAACGCGGCGGCGAACCUCGUCUUUGCGUCCAGCGGCGGUCCGGACACGUCGCUGGGGUUCGUCGCUCGCUACUUCGUCGCAGAUGCACCCGUCGAAGACGAAUGCAAGGACGACGAACUUCGGUGCAGGAAUGGUCAGUGCGUCGACGCCACCGCCAAAUGCGAUCACCAAGAUGAUUGCGGGGACGGCACGGACGAAGAAAAUUGUGGAUACCCACUUCUUGAGAACGUCACCUGUGGUGAGCCGACCGUCAAGCCGUUCUCUCUCAACGACGGUGACGAAGGCGACACGUACAUCGUUGGCGGCAGGAAGGCGAAGCCAGAUAGUUGGCCCUGGCAGGUUUCCCUGAGGCUGUUUGAUGACCCUAUCUACGGGCACAAGUGCGGUGGGGCCAUCUUGAAUGAACAGUGGCUCGUCUCCGCCGCCCAUUGCUUCAGAAACUGGGGCGAGCCCUCCGAUUGGAUCGUCUUGGCCGGAAAGUACUUCUUGAUCGAGGAAGAAACGACUCAACAAGAGCGCUAUGUGGACUCCAUCUUCGUUCAUCCGGGCUACCAGAUGGAAGUUCGACCUACCUUGAUUGAAAACAGAAAAGACCACGACAUUGCACUGCUGAAGCUGAAUGCUCCGCUCAAGCUGAAUGCUCAGGUGCAGCCGAUCUGUUUUAACAAGAUGCCCGAACUGCCCACCAACACAACCUGCUACGUCACAGGCUGGGGCGCCACGAAAGACAAAGAGACGAGCGCGGUACUGAAGCAGGCUGCGGUUCUAGUACUUCGACAGGAAGAUUGUGCUCGCUACUACAACGGCACCUUCAUCAUCAACGACCUGAUGUACUGCGCGGGUUACUCAGAGGGACAACACGAUUCCUGCCACGGCGACAGUGGAGGACCUCUGGUGGUGAAGCAGUCCGGUCGUUGGCUGCUCGCCGGUGUUGUCUCUGGAGGUCUUAAGUGCGGCGCACCUCAGCACCCGGGAAUCUACACCAAGCUUUCGCCACACUACGACUGGAUUCAUGACGUAAUAUUGGCAAAUCAUUCGAUCUAGCUCUCCUAAAGCUGGGCGCCGAGAAACUGAGGGAGGAGACGAGGAGUUGAGAGCGCGAGUGGGGACGUCAGAACGCCGAUCUUUAGUUUGAACGAUUAGUGGGUAAGCCUAAAGCUAUGUGCCUUUGUCUCCACUGCACUCGUUGAACGCGUUCGAAUGCGAGCCUAACGCAGGACGCCGGCAUUUCGCGUUCUAACGCGCUGGACGAGUGCAGUGUCAUAGCCUCCUAUAUACUGACAAAGCCUGGCAGAUUGCCACGAGAAGCGGCCGCCGAAAUGGAAAAGGUGGAGCGGCGGACAACGGAUGAAAGGAGAGCCACGUGACUGGCGCCCCGCUGCGGCGAGACGCCGAAACACAUUUCUCCCGAGCGAACAAAUGUGUUUCGGCUUCUCGCCGCUGUAAAAGCUGUGCGCUGACGUCCAGGUUCCCCGAGAAAUGGCUCUCUGAUGAUCUGUGCUACCAGAUCCUCGCGCUCCAAAUCUGUGACUAAGCGUCGUCGAACAAGGGCAGCUACUUUUCGUACCAACCAGAUCUCGGCGUUGUAAUGACCCUCUCAUAUCCUCCUCUCCCUCACUUUCUCGACGCAUUAUUUGCAGAAAAAAUUUAGAAAAUGCCAAACUCUGGCUGUUCUGACAGUUGAGGACGCACGGCUACUGCACGAGCGCUCGCAGCCGAGGUGCCGAGGCGCGAUUCAACAAAAUCAACGCUUCUAGCAUUAAACCUGUUAUCUGUUGUCGCUAGAACGAUCGUGGGGCUUUAUUUCGCCUUUGAUCACAGAGCCACAAACCUAAAUAAAAUGAGCCAACGUCAACGCGUUUUUCCUUCCCCAGACAUCGGAAGACAGAAAUCCCCUUCUUUACUAUUUUUGUGUUGGCGCGUGUGUGUAUAUCUGUCUGUCUGUCUGUCUGUCUGUCUGUCUGCCUGUCUGUCUGCCUGUCUGUCUGUCUGUCUGUCUGUCUGUCUGUCUGCCUGUUUGUUUGUCUGUGUGUGUGCGUGCGUGAGUGCGUGUGUGUCGGUGUGUGUGUGUGUGUGAAAAAAGGAAGGGAGGGGGGAGAGAGUGGAGGCACGUAUGUACGUCUAUCUUUGCGAUAGGUAAAUGAACGUAACCUUUUCGAACGUGCUGCUUGUAGCCCCAAGGAUAGACAUUCUUAAUAUUCUUUUAUCGGUAACUGAGCUUCUUCAGCCUUCCGGACCGUGAGUCAACCGAACAGACAAAAACAAUAUUUUAUUUUUGAUUAAAAACAAAUACUUUUUUUUUACUUUAUCGGAAACAUUUUUAUUAAACAAUAAACAGUAGAGAAGCAUAAAAAUUCGAUGCCGUCGUUUAAGCCGGAGGAGACCUGGUUAUGAUUCGUUCUCUUGAAAACCCUGUGAACGUAAAGCGUAGAAACAUAUUGCUCGUGUUAUAACUCAGCGCUGGCGAAUAAAUAAAACCAGUUAUAUCAUGGAAUUCGCUAAAAAAACCUAUACUCAUCAGAAAGAGCAGAAAGACCACUAUUUCAAUAACACAAAUAAAAAGUUUUCUGUGUUUGUGUUGUAUUUUGCUGACAAGUUUUGAUUAUGCACCUAACUUGAAAGGCAAGAGCAAGCUUCUUUGAUUACUGUCCGUAUGCCCUGAUUUUGCUUUGCUUCAUAUCUGCUUGUGGUAACUUUAUCAUAUUGCAUGGAUAACUUGGCCAUAUAAUCGUUCUUAAUAUUGCUCUUGAACAUUGUUUACUUAGCAUCAUCUCUAGAUGCCUUGGAGGUAAAAUAAACAAAAUGAAAGAUUUACUAACUGAAGACUUCCAAAAUACUCAUAAUUGAACACAAGCUUUUUUAAUAGCGUAAGAGAGCGCGCGUCAAAAUCUAUUGUAUGGCAGAUAUUCGCGCGUUUAAAGUAGAGAAGGCUACAACUCGAAUGAAAGCAUUGUACACACUACGUUUCCCUUUUUACGGGCUUGUGUCAUGUAUAGUUACAGAAACAACCUUAGAAUAAUUAUAUUGAAGAAAAGUGUUCCCGUUGCGCGAAUAUCGACCAGAGUUUAACAGAUAAUAUUGUGUCAGCUCUAGGGUUUUCCUUCUUGUAUCUUCAAGAAAUUAACAUGAAUUUUUCUUUUGCUUGAAAGUCGACUGCAGAGAUUUGAAGCAAGUUAGAAUAUUUGUUGUUCUGUAUAUGCUUACCUCGAUGAAACAGCGUUUUCUUGCUUCACGGAUCUAAAAUAAAUGACGAUAAUGCUGUUAUUAGACGCCGCAGUUCAAUGAUAAUAGAGUUUCAAAGUUAAACAGGUCGAGGUUACAUUCGUUUAGAUAAUGCUAUUUUUAGAUGCCAUAGUUCAAUGACCAUGGAGUUUCAAAGUUAAACAAGUUGAAGUUACAUUUGUUUAGAGGCGCUGAAAAUAAUCUUGAAGAUUUUACUCUAAUCACAACAGAAAAAAAACAAAUUGUAUGCUUUGACAUUUCCCUAUAUUAUUCAUGAUGUUACCGUGCCAGCUGCUUAGGUCUUUAAUCGGUAAUAUGAGCCAUUUCAUAGUCAUAAAUUCAGCACAAUGGUUGCCGAUUUUAUUAUGUCUGGUGUUUGUCCGCUUACAUUAAAAAAAACACGAAACAAUAUUUAUGGUUAAUGAUAAAAAUAAACU